AUGAACGCCGGUGCCAGCGGAUACGAGGGCUACAGCGACGCGCCGCUGACGCGCGACUACGCAUCCAGCUCGGUACUGAAACACAGCCUGCGACAGCUGAACUUCCACGGCAUGUGGCCGCUGCCCGGUUCCUGGCGUUUCCACGCCUUCAGCGCCACUGUGUUCGCACUUGGAGUCGGCAACUUUUCGCAGAUCGCGCUCGGCGUCUACUCCAGCUGGGGCGACCUGCAGGAGCUCACCAUGGCCUUCUCCAACACCUUCACCGUCUUCAGCGGCAUCCUGAAGAUGACGCACUUCCUGAGGAACCACCGCCGCUACUGCGCACUCGUCCGCCUCACGGACAACCUCGCCGCCUUGCAGCAGACACACUGCGAGGUUGACGACGGCAUGGCGGCCAUCUCCCGCGACUCGCUGAAAGUCGCUUAUCGCCUCCCGCUCGCCGUCUACGCCUAUAUCGCACUGCUGUGUGUCAUAUGGUUCCCCAUGCCGCUCAUCGUGGAGCCUCACAGUCAUAAACUGCCCUUCAUACAGCUUCAUUACUGGAUUAAUCGGACCAGUUUUCCUGUUUACGAAACUUCGUUUCUUCUGCAGGACAUUUCUUCCUUCUUCUUCAUCUUCAUCAGCACCGGCUUGGACUGUUUCUUCGCGGUCAUCAUGGUCCACGUCACACUUCAGCUGAAACUGCUAGUUUAUCGCAUUACUGAUAUUAGAUUACGUGACGCAUCCACGAUUGCUGACGUGUCUGAGGUUCGCCACGGCUACGAUGACAAUGAAGCGCACGAAGCAAUGUACAAAGAACUGUGUCUCUGCAUAGAGACCCACCAGAAAAUCUUAGGGUUUGUGAAGUACCUGGAGAGUGUCAUGAAUCCCAUUGCUCUUACACAGUUCGUAUUCAGUGUGUUGGCUGCUUGCGUGACACUGUUCCAAGAGACAUACAAUCCAGACAUAAGCGCUGUGUUCAAGUGCGCGUCUUACCUGCCGACACCCGGAGCUCAGGUGUUCCUCUACUGUUGGGGCGCACACAACAUCAUGGAGCAGGUGCUGGCAUCAUCUGCGACUGACUGUGUUCCUCCCUUGCCUUCUCGCCAGGGGGAGGCGGUGUCCGCAGCCGCCUACAACAGUUCAUGGUUCGACGCAAACGCUCGCUUCAAGCGCAGCAUGAGGAUCCUGAUGUGCCGUGCCCAGAAGCCACUGUUGCUCACAGCGGGACGCAUGUACCCCAUCAGCAGGGCUACAUUUGUAUGGCUGGUGAACGCCUCGUACAAGUACUACGCACUGCUGCGGCAGCUCCACAGCCGGGACAGCCAGAGGAGCUAG